AAGAUGAUUCGCUUACCCAAAAUAUAGAAUUAAAAAAUUAACUCUCUCUCUCUCUCUCUCUCUCUCUCAUAUUCAUCAAAAUAAAAUAAGAAGCCGAAAAGCUAAGCUAUGCAUGGUGAAAGCAAAAUGAUGAGGUGGUCGAUAUGGGGAAUUUUCUUCCUUAUAAGUACCCUUUCCUCUUCAUCUUCUCCUGCACCGGCAGCUUUCGUUGGAGUUCAAGACGACCAUUUUCAGCUAAAUGGUUCGCCAUUUUUGUUCAAUGGCUUUAACUCUUAUUGGAUGAUGUCUGUCGCUGCUGACCCGAACCAACGCCACAAAGUAACCCAAGUCUUUCGUGAUGCCGCCACUGCCGGCCUCACCGUCUGCCGAACCUGGGCCUUCAACGACGGUGCCCUCCAUGCCCUCCAAAUCUCUCCCGGCGUUUAUGAUGAAUCAGUUUUUCAGGCUCUUGAUUUUGUGAUAUUCGAAGCAAGAAAGUACGGAAUUAGAAUGCUAUUAAGUUUGGUGAAUAAUUUCGAAGAGUACGGUGGAAGAGCAGCGUAUGUCCGGUGGGCCGAAGCCGCCGGCGUUCAAGUUCAUAGCGACGAUGACUUCUACACUAAUCAACUUAUCAGAACAUACUACAAAAACUACGUUAAGAAAGUAUUGAGAAGGAAGAACACAAUGAAUGGUUUGAGAUAUAUGGAAGAUGCAACCAUUAUGGGAUGGGAACUUAUGAAUGAAGCACGUUGUCAAGUUGAUUCCUCCGGCAACACUAUCAAUAGAUGGGUAGAGGAGAUGGGAUCAUAUGUGAAAUCAAUUGACAAACAACAUUUGGUGGGGAUUGGAAUGGAAGGAUUCUAUGGAGAUUCAAGUCCAAAUAAAAUCAAAGCCAACCCAGGUAGUUUCAAAUUUGGCACUGAUUUUGUCACCAAUAAUCUCAACAAAGCCAUCGACUUUGCAACAAUUCAUGUAUAUCCUGAUGCUUGGCUACCAGGGAAGAGUGAAGCCACCAGAAUGGCAUUCCUUGAAGAAUGGAUGGCACUGCACUGGAUGGACUCAAAGAAUAUAUUAAAGAAGCCAUUGAUUUUAGAAGAAUUUGGAAAGUCGAUCAGAGGCCAAAACCAAACAUUUAGUGUAAGGGACAGCGAUGCAUUCUUGAGUAAGGUUUAUUCAAUUAUCUACAACCUUGCAAGAAAAGGAGCAACCAUGGCUGGAGGUCUGGUAUGGCAAGUUAUGGCUGAAGGAAUGGAGUCCUAUUAUGAUGGAUACGAGAUCGUUCUUUCCCAGAAUCCUUCAACAAACACCAUUAUAACAAAACAGUCAAACAAAAUGGCUGCACUAAAUACUAGAACUCAACACCACCUCAGAAGUAGUUACUAAUCAUACGGUCUCUUCAAGUAUAUAGCUUAACAACUCUUUUAUGAUACUAAUUCUGAAAGAAAGGGAGAAAAGGGACAAGAGGGAUGGAAGGGAAGAGAUCAAAGAGAGAGAAGAGACAGGAAGACAUGGAGAGAGAUUGUGAAAAUUGGUACUACGAGGAAAUAUAAUAUAAAAAACAAUCACAUCAUGUUUAUAAUUAAUGCUUUGAAGGUAACAAUGAACAGCAGCAAAGUCUAUAUAUAAUAGAUAGGGAGAGAACUGCAUAAACCCUUUUGAAACCCAGUGAAGCCAUGAA